CUCCUCUCCUGCUGACAUUGAGCGGACCGAUCGGCUCAGAUUGAUCGAAGAAUACCUUAUGGCAAGAGGUGCAAGGGACGAAGGGGGCAACAACCUCUGCAGGAUGAUCAUCAACGACGCCAUCGUGUUUUGAAGGAGACCCAUUCAGAUCAGACAAACACCGGUGCGAAACACAGUCUGGCGGACAUUUGACAAAGACACAAGUCAAGUCUUGCAAGGAUACAGAUUGGAAUGGAAGUAAUCAGCGUCUCACGGGCUUGCGAUGUGUGCGCAAGGUUCUGUCUGUCGUCGCGUCCUCUCACGAUACAAGGUUCUGACCUCGGUUGCAUUGUCAGAGCCGCACGACUUUGCUCCAUGAUGCAGCUGAGGGACGAGGCAAGCGAAGCCUGGCCUAAAAGGGGGGGCGGGGCACAGGGCCAGAAAGGGAGCGGCGUGGCCCAGGGGAUGCUGCAUGAAAGAGGGAGAGCGACAAUUGCCCUUGUUGGUUCCGAGGCCAAUCUCCGCCCAGGGCCACCUCCGCCUUCUUCCCACCUCGGAGAUCAAGAUCAUCACGGGCUGACCCACACACACACACACACACGCCCUCGACCCGACUGCCCCUCGCUCGCCCCCUUCUCCGCUCUGCAGUGCCUCACCUUUGCUACAAUAACAUCAGAUCCUCGUCUUCAUCUUCCUCCCUCGUCUACACUAGCAUCAUUCUACUCUUACUCCUCCUCCUUCAGCUCCUGUUUCCCCUCGUCAGCAUCCUCGCGCUUGAAGAGAGACUUGUCUUACGUCCAACGCGUCUCAAGCCAUCGUGACUAGGCUCCCAUAGUCACUCCUCACUGUCCUUUCCUUGGCCCUCACGUCAAUCCAAGAAGCAUCGAGUAGACCUCUUCGCGUCGGCUCCUCACGCCCUUUACCAGCCGCGUCUGUCUCAUAGCACAGCC